AUGUCCUCCGAGCUGCCAGACGACGACCGGACGGCACGCUCGCCGCCUCUGGUUUUACAAGGCGCCAAUUCGUCCGAUAACCACCGCGAGCCAACGAGGUCGAAUAACGAACCCGGAGUGUCAACCUACUGGCAUCCGUCCUAUAGCUCGUCUUCUCAUGAUAGUAUAAACUUCGAUUCGCAUAUAGAUCCUACGGCGCUGCAGGCAGCGCUUCCUCCUGAUAUUCCACCACCUCUCUCGCAAUCACCACACUUUGCUCCAGAUUCAUAUCACCCGUUCGAUGGAGGCUCGCAGUACAUCGAAGAGUCGGCGAAUCCGUACUAUUCGGAUUCUGAUAGAGUUCCGCUUACGGCGGGAGUGCAGCCGAUAUCUGGCACCCAUAUCGAAGACACUCGCGGAAUCCUUGCUAGAGACAGUUUCCAGACUGUUCGUGACGACGACAAUACUCCAAUCCGUGACCAAGAGGGAAAGGGACUUGGACAUGGUUCGAAUUCGGGUUAUCUAUCCGCUGGUCAUCAAAGUUAUGGGUUAACACUGGAUCCUGGAGACUUUCGCCUAUCGCGAUCACCGUCUACAUCUGGAGCCUUUCAUCGCGCCGGAUCAAUUGUGAGGGCUAUGUCCCAGAGAGUUGUGAAUCUCAGCGGAGAAUCAGAUAUCACCGACCAGGGAUCUUCACGUUAUCGCUCUCGCUCCCGCGACUCAUCAAGUGAACGACCAGUCAACCCAGCAACGACGACGUACGGCCCGGAAUCGUAUUAUGGCCGACCAGCUUCUUCUCGGGAGGAGAAGGCCGGUCAGAACCUGUUCUUGACUACCGAUAUUCCACCUCGCGCCGCUCGCGUAAAACCUCCCAAUCCUCUCAAGGGCAAAACACUGGGCAUAUUUUCUCCAGAGAGUCGAUUUAGAUUAUGGAUGUGUGAUAUCCUGGUCAAUCCAUUCACUGAGCCCUUUAUCUUAGUCCUUAUCAUCGCUCAAACGAUUCUACUUGCCGUGGAAUCCUGGCCAGACGUCUUCAGUCCUGGCAAUGAGCGCCAAGAGCGAUGGGGUAAAAAACCAAUAGACUGGACUAUACUGGGACUCUUUAUCAUAUUCACAUUAGAGAUUGGUGCCAGGAUUGUGGUUUCAGGGUUCAUAUUAAAUGCGGCCGAAUACAGUACCAUUGAUCGCAGCAGGGGCAUCAGGGCAGCAGUUGAAGAUCGAUACAAAACCAUUUUUCAACCCCAGCGACAAAAGUCAACGAAAAGAGUUCGGUCAACUCAACCUCAGGCCGCCCCUGCUUUUGCCCGCUCCUUUACAACGCUGAUGCAGGGCCCACAGACUGGUCCAAAGACGAUUGAGGACCAGCAACGCUUUCAAUUGGCACGCCGAGCCUUUUUGCGUCAUUCAUUCAAUCGCAUGGAUUUCGUUGCCGUUGUCUCUUUCUGGAUUACCUUUGGGCUAAGUAUCAGUGGAACUGAGCACCGACGCCAUUUUUUUCUCUUCAAAAUGCUGAGCUGCCUUCGCAUUUUGAGACUGCUUGCCCUUACUCACGGCACUGCUAUUAUCCUGAGAAGUUUAAAGAAAGCUGCCCCUCUCCUUGUCCGUGUAGCGUUUCUCAUCAGCUUCUUCUGGCUCCUUUUUGCUAUCAUCGGCAUACAAAGUUUCAAAUCCAGCCUUAGUCGACAAUGUGUAUGGUUAGAUCCGUUGGAUCCCACCAAUUUGACAGCCUCAUUCACCAACAGUAUGGAAUUUUGCGGUGGCUACUUGGAUAACGCGACUGGAGCCACGCGGCCUUGGGUAAAAUUCAGUACCCCCGGAUCGCUUGACAACCUGGCCAGGGGAACUGCCGAAGGGAAAGGUUUUCUGUGCCCUAGAGGAUCGAUAUGCCUGCAGCAGGAUAACCCUUACAAUGGAACAGUCAACUUUGACAACAUCCUCCAGUCCCUGGAGUUGGUCUUUGUCCUCAUGAGUGCCAAUACUUUCUCUGACUUGAUGUAUUACACUAUGGGCUCAGAUUACCCUCAAGCGGCUCUCUUUUUUGGCGCUGCAAUCAUGAUUAUGAUGUUGUGGUUGACAAACCUGCUGAUAGCCGUCAUUACUUCAUCGUUUCAGGUCAUUCGUGAAGAAAGCAAGUCAAGUGCCUUUACGGUUGAAGCGGAACCAUCUUCACAGUUGCACACAGAUGAACGAAAACGAAAAAUUUCGCCUGCACAGAAUUUAUACAGGAAAACCUCGUUCUUCUGGUUAGUUGUUGUUGCCUUUGCAUUGCUCAGCGAAGCUUGCCGUAGUGCAUCCAUGUCACAUACUCGAGAAAGAUUUAUCAACGCAGCCGAGGUUAUUGUCACCAUACUUCUCGAUAUUGAAAUUAUCAUUCGAAUUGUGGCCUUCUGGCCUAGGUUCCAUCGCAGUUGGCAGAACUUGUUUGAUUUAGCCUUGGCUAUAAUCACUUCCGCAAUUCUUAUUCCGCCUGUUCACAAUACUCGGGUAUAUGCGUGGCUCACAGUCUUUCAAGUCCUUCGAGCAUAUCGAGUUGUCUUGGCAAUCCCUGUGACGCGAAAGCUCAUCUUGCUAGUGCUGGGAAGCGCGGCGGGUAUUGGGAACCUUAUGCUGUUUGUGUUUCUGAUGACCUUCUUGGUGGCAAUCCUAGCUGCGCAGCUCUUCAGGGGUCAAAUCCCCGUUUACGACGAUGAUGGGAACUUGAAUCGCAUCUCAUUCAACACCAUAUUCAACUCCUUUCUUGGCAUGUACCAAAUCCUCUCCAGUGAGAACUGGACGGCUAUUUUGUACUCGGUCACCUCUUAUACCACGGCAACGAAAACGGCUUGGAUUGGUGCGAUUUUCCUAAUAGGCUGGUUCAUUUUGUCAUUCUUCAUCCUGAUCAACAUGUUUAUUGCUGUUAUCCAGGAGAACUUUGAUGUGUCAGAAGACGAGAAGCGUUUAGAGCAAGUCAAGGCCUUUCUUCAGAGGAAGGAACUUGGGCGUACGGCCAACAAUCUUACACUGUCGACAAUCUUCAGCUGGGGAAAAUCUCGCCGCCGCAAGGAUCCAUUGGACUAUGGCCCAGGCAUGAUGGAGAUGCUUCUCAAGGAUACCGUGGUGCAGGAGUUUUUGGAUGAUGAAGUGGCCGACCCUCUCCGUCUUAACCCAGAGCACAGAGGCCCACCGCAACGGAGCACGACGAGGCUGAUGGGAGAUGGUAGGCCGGGGUUUUUAAAGAAGAUAUGGUCCCGGAUCCAUAAGAGCGAGCCCAACCCCUUUUACUCCAAUAUCCGCUUUGACGGUCCGAAUGGCACCUUGGACCCUCGACAAAUGGCCCGGCAGGCGGUAACAGCAACGUCGGCUCGCCGUAAAGCCCAGCGAGAUUACCUCGCUCAGUAUCCACGAUACAAUACCUCGUUAUACAUUUUCCCUCCCACCAGUCGCAUCCGGCGAUUUUGCCAAGGUCUUGUAGGCCCAGCAAGAGGCCUCGAGCGGUUUGACGGCGUCGAACCCAACAAGAUAGCCUGGUACACGAUAUCUACUUUCAUCUACGCCUCAGUCUUUGCAAUGGUUGUGAUAGCAUGUGUCACAACACCGAUCUAUCAAAAGGAGUAUCGAGAUCACCAUCCUGCUACCAUGACGCAAUGGUAUAUCUGGACAGACAUGGCCUUUGCUGUCAUCUUCACAAUCGAGGCUAUUAUCAAGAUAAUCGCCGACGGCCUAUUAUGGACGCCCAAUGCAUUCCUACGUAGCUCGUGGGGCAUCAUUGACGCAGUUGUGUUGAUUACCCUUUGGAUAAAUGUUGUGACAUUACUUAUCGAUGAUGGUGCCAUUUCGAGAGCAUUGGGUGCAUUCAAAGCCCUUCGAGCGCUCCGACUAUUGAAUGUCAGCGACAGCGCGCGGGACACGUUUCACUCACUCAUCAUAGUCGGAUGGUGGAAACUUUUAGGUGCCGCAUUUGUGUCCAUCUCUCUUCUGAUUCCAUUUGCCAUUUACGGCUUGAAUCUCUUCAGUGGAGAGCUAGUGUCUUGCAAUGACUCUGGCGACAUAACUCUCCUAUCCCAAUGUUUCGGCGAAUUCAACAGCACCCCUUAUUCUAGCGAUUGGCCAAUUUUGGCACCAAGAGUGGCGGCAAAUCCGUAUUUCAGCUUUGAUGACUUUGGCUCGUCGCUCUUCACCUUGUUUCAGAUUGUCAGUCAAGAAGGAUGGGUGGAUGUUUCUUUUGCUGCUCAAGCAAUUGUUGGUCGCGGCAUGCAGCCACAGGAUGCGGCCAAUCAGGGGAAUGCCAUGUUUUUCGUUGUAUUCAAUCUCUUGGCAACCGUUUUCAUCCUGACUCUGUUCAUCUCCGUCUUUAUGAGAAAUUACACAGAGCAGACUGGCGUUGCGUAUCUGACAGCAGAGCAGCGAUCAUGGCUUGAACUGCGAAAGCUUCUGCGCCACAUCUCACCGUCAAAAAGCUCCUAUGAUGAAUCAGAAAACAAAUGGAAGAAAUGGUGUCACAAGAGAGCCAUUGAAAAAAGAGGCAAGUGGUACCAAGCGGUUACCGUGGUGCUGGUUUUGCAUCUGGCUUUGCUGGUUGCCGAGUUCAACGACGAGCCAUCCUGGUGGACUACGACCCGUGAAUACGUAUUUUUACUCUUCAGCCUGAUAUACAUCAGCAACAUCACCAUCCGAAUACUAGGCCUGGGUUGGACGCGUUUCCGACGAAGCUCUUGGGAUCUUUACUCUCUCGUAGCUGUAUCGGGUGCUUUCAUUGCUACUCUAGCACUGUUGAUUGCAGACGCCAGGGCUGAUACGUAUGUGCAGCUGCAAAAGAUAUUCUUAGUGGCCAUCGUUCUCUUGGUGAUACCUCGGAACGACGCGCUGGACCAGCUGUUCAAGACGGCCGCGGCAAGUUUGCCUGUAAUUGGUAACCUCCUGGCCACCUGGUUCGUGUUCUUCCUUGUCUUUGCCAUUGCCAUGACGCAGACCUUCAGCCUGACCCGGUUUGGAGAUAAUGAGGGAAGCGACACCAACUUUAGAACAGUUCCGAUGGCUUUGAUCUUCUUGUUUAGAAUGAGCCUGGGAGAAGGAUGGAAUCAAAUCAUGGAAGACUACGCCGGCAUCGAGCCGCCUUUCUGCGUCGAAGCUGACAGCUUUUUCGACAGCGACUGCGGCAGCAAGCCAUGGGCCAGGUGCUUGUUCAUAGCCUGGAACCUUGUCAGCAUGUACAUCUUUGUGAACCUGUUUGUCUCGUUGAUUUUUGAGAGCUUCAGCUAUGUUUACCAGCGUUCGUCUGGCAUGUCUGCGGUUGAUCGAGAUGAGAUUCGAAGAUUCAAGGAAGCCUGGCGGAGUGUAGAUCCAGCCGGAACUGGCUAUAUCACCAAAGAAGCCUUCCCACGUCUGCUCGGCGAAUUAUCUGGUGUAUUCCAGAUGCGGAUCUAUGAAGCAGAGGAUUCUGUACGGCAAAUCCUGGACGAUGUUCGCGAAGAUCUCAGGAUGUCUCGCCAUACCUCGAUAGUCUCGAUGGCUGCGCUGAAUGACAUUGAUAUCAACAGAUUAAAUGAGAGGCUCAGCCAUCUGGAUGUCAAAAAGAUUCGCAAACGCCGCCAUCGAUUUAAUAUCUUUUACGAGGAAGUUCUCGUCAGCGCCGAUCCCGAUAAGGGAAUCGCCUUCACCGAUGUUUUGAUGAUUCUUGCUCAUUACAAUAUUAUCAAUGAUAGCAAGAGUCUAAGGCUUGAGGAAUUCUUGCGGCGGCGAGCACGGCUACAGCGUGUCGACGAAGGUAUCCGACGACGGAUCGUGCAGGGUUUCUUUGAUACACUAUACUGGUCACGCAAAUUCAAAGCACACAUGGAGCGAAAACGAGCCUCUCGCAUGACAACAGUUCCGCAGCUUAGAAUCCCGGAUAUUCUAGUUGAAGACGACGAGGAUGACUCCUUCGCUGCACAGACAGAAGCGAAGAUGUCUCAGGUCAGCAUGGGUUCUGGUGAAGAUGGACAUAGAAAGUCGGCCUGGCCUCCGGAGUCGAUAGCAGAUGGCGGCGCCAUGCACAAUCACCCUCUCGGCCUCCCUCGCGCAUCGUUAUCGGCAAACGAGGAGAGCGGAGGCGUUUCGACAUUCAGCUUCGAGCUCGAAAUGCCAGAUGUUCGGGAAGCGACGGUUGCGGAAUUGUCACGCCCGGUGGACGAUGGGAAUCUAGACUCGGUCCAGGACAUGCUGGAUGGCUCAGUAUGGAUAGACAGCAUCCGGCGGAGUGCGACUCUACGGAGCACAGACAGAAGCUCAUAUAGAUAUGAUGAUUUGCCCUAG